AUGUCAAAACAAAGAAAGAUUUCAGCAGUUUUUGGCCGAGAGCAACCAGAAAACAAUGCUGAAAACGCAGAAACCGAUGAAGCUGAGCCUGGAAAAGAUCAGGGGAGUGAACUGAAAGCUAAAGUUGCAAAGCGAAACUUUCAAGAUUCCUGGCUUGAAAAAUACAAAUGGUUGAAGUACGAUCCACCGAAGGGUACCCCUGUGGAUUUUCCUAAGAUCACAGUCUUACGUUCUGUUCGUGUUGCCAACAAUCAGGUAAAUCCAAUCCUUUCACCACUGGUUGCAUAAACUAUGGGACUUCAACACUAGUUCGCCAUAUAGAAAGUCAAGACCACCGAAAUGCUCUUCAAGAGAUCGAAAUGACGGAAUCUUUUCAAGAAGCUGUGAUGAAUUCUGUUUCAUCCCAGGAGCAAGCUGUCGAAGGUGGAAUGAGAACUGUUUACUGGCUUGCCAAGGAACAUGCUGCUACUGAGAAAUAUAACUCUUUGAUGAAUCUUUUAAAACUGCAAGGAUGUAAAGACAUUGAAAACCUUAAUGUAGCGAAAAAUGCCUCAUACAAUUCAGUUCAAACUGCUAAGGACUUCCAGUCCGUCCUUGCUGAAUGCAUUCAAGAUGAAAUAACUGAAAAGCUACACAAGUCUCCAUUUGUAAGCAUUAUGGCAGAUGAGUGUACUGACAUUGCUGUUUCAAAGAAACUGUUAAUUUAUGCCAAAUUGAUAUCUGAUGGUAUUGUCCCAGAGACACAUUUUCUCACAAACAUUACCAUUGAAGAGAAGCAGUGUACAGCACCUUUUGUGACUCAGAAAAUACAAAAUGUUAUUGCGGCCUGUUCCAUUCCUGUUGAUAAAGUAAUGUGUUUUGGAAGUGAUGGGGCUUCCAUCAUGACGGGAAGAGUUGGGGGAGUGAGCACACUUCUCAAGAAAGGGAACCCAUUUAUGAUAAAUAUCGUUGUAUGGCUCACCGUUUAG